AUGAUGAAAAGAGAACAGCUGGGCUGCCAUUGCUCCUUUGGUCAGACAGUGGUUGUUGCAGUGCAGUCUACCCACAUUGCUCGAGCCAGCUUCCAGGUUGAUGCUUUCGGAUCAUCUUUCAUCCUAGAUGUGACGCUAAACCAUGACCUGUUGUCUUCUGAAUAUCUUGAGAGACAUAUCGAACAAGGUGGGAAGACAGUGGAAGUUAAAGGAGGAGAACAUUGCUAUUAUCAGGGACAGAUUCGAGGAAAUCCUGUAUCAUUUGUUGCCUUGUCAACAUGCCAUGGAUUACAUGGGAUGUUCUAUGAUGGAAAUCAUACUUAUCUUAUUGAGCCAGAUGAAAACUACUCUUCAGAUGGUGACUUCCAUUUCCACUCUGUUUACAAAUCCAAGUUGUUUGAGUUUCCUUCGGAUGAUGUGCCAUCUGAGUUCUGGCAAAUGAACACUACAUCACAGAAGUUUAUUGUAAAGCCAAGACACAAAAGAAGUAAAAGGCAGGUUCGUCAGAUACCACGUAAAGUUGAAGAGGAAACAAAGUACAUUGAGUUAAUGAUUGUAAAUGAUCAUCUAAUGUGUAAAAAGCACCGCUUGUCAGUUGGCCAUACAAACAGCUAUGCUAAAUCAGUUGUGAACAUGGCAGAUUUAAUAUAUAAAGAACAACUUAACACCAGGAUAGUAUUGGUUGCCAUGGAAACCUGGGCUACUGAUAACAAGUUCACCAUAUCUGAAAACCCCUUGGUGACCCUACGUGAGUUUAUGAAAUAUAGGAGGGAUUUUAUCAGAGAGAAAAGUGACGCAGUUCACCUGUUUUCGGGGAGUCGAUUUCAGAGCAGCCGGAGUGGUAUAGCCCACACUGGUGGAAUCUGCUCCUUGCUUAAAGGCGGAGGUGUGAACGAGUUUGGAAAGCCAGACUUGAUGGCAGUUACCUUGGCACAGACUUUGGCCCAGAACAUUGGCAUUUUCUCAGACAGAAGAAAACUUAUAAGUGGUGAGUGUAAGUGUGAGGACACGUGGUCUGGAUGCAUAAUGGGAGACACAGGGUAUUAUCUUCCAAGCAAGUUCUCCAAAUGUGAUAUUGAAGAAUAUAAUGAAUUUUUAAACAAUGGAGGUGGAGCCUGCCUUUUCAAUAAACCAACCAAACUUCUGGAUCCUCCAGAAUGUGGCAAUGGCUUUGUGGAAGAUGGAGAAGAGUGUGACUGUGGGACGAUAGCGGAGUGCGCCAUCGAAGGAGGAGAGUGCUGCAAUGCUUGCACCCUGACAGCAGGCUCCCAGUGCAGCAAUGGGCUUUGCUGUCGGAAGUGCCGGUUUGAACCAAAAGGAGUUUUGUGCCGAGAAGCAGUGAAUGAUUGUGAUAUUGCAGAGAACUGCACAGGAAACUCCAGUCAGUGUUCUCCCAAUAUUCAUAAAAUGGAUGGAUAUUCAUGUGAUAACAAGCAGGGUAUUUGUUUUGGAGGGAGAUGUAAAACCAGGGACCGGCAGUGUAAAUAUAUCUGGGGUGAAAAAGUGACAGCUGCUGACAGGUACUGCUAUGAGAAGCUGAAUAUUGAAGGGACUGAGAAAGGAAACUGUGGAAGAGACAAGGACUCUUGGAUACAGUGCAAUAAACAGGAUGUGCUCUGUGGAUACCUUCUGUGCUCCAAUAUAUCCAGUGUGCCCAGACUUGGAGAACUUGAUGGUGAAAUCACAUCAUCAAUCUUACAGUUUGGGAAAGUCUACAAUUGCAGUGGUGGCCAUGUGAAGCUUGAUGAGGAAACAGACCUGGGCUAUGUGGAGAACGGGACGCCAUGCGGACCGAACAUGGUGUGCCUUGAUCAUCGCUGCCUCCCCACCGAGGCCUUCAACUUCAGUACCUGCCCAGGCACCACAGACAGCCAAAUUUGUUCAGGACAUGGUGUUUGUAGCAAUGAUAUAAAGUGUGUCUGUGACCGAUUCUGGGGAGGAGAUGACUGCAGUUCUCGCAUGAAAGAUUAUAUGUUUUUUGAUAAAGAUGCCAUCAAUAAAGGUGUUGUUAGCACAAAUAUAAUAAUAGGGGCUAUUGCUGGCACCAUUUUAGUGUUGGCUCUCGUUUUAGGAAUGACUGGUUGGGGUUACAAAAACUACAGAAGACAGAGACAAAUACCCCAGGGAGAUUAUGUAAAAAAGCCUGGAGAGGCCGACUCUUUUUAUAGCGACAUGCCUCCUGGAGUCAGCACAAACUCUGCGUCUAGUUCUAAGAAGAGGUCUGCUUUUCUGUCGCAUUUUCAGAUUUCUACCUGUUCCAUCACCCAUUAUUCCAUUAGUCAGAACAUUUCAUUGUUUUGCAGCAGGUCAAAUGGAUUAUCUCAUUCCUGGAGUGAAAGGAUCCCAGACACAAAACAUAUUUCAGACAUUUGUGAAAAUGGGAGGCCUAGGAGUAAUUCUUGGCAAGGUAAUAUAGGAGGCAACAGAAAGAAAGUCAGAGGCAAAAGAUUUAGGCCACGUUCUAAUUCAACUGAGACACUGUCUCCUGCAAAGUCUCCGUCUUCGUCCACUGGAUCUAUUGCUUCCAGCAGAAAAUACCCUUACCCGAUGCCACCACUUCCUGAUGAGGAGAAAAAAGCCAACAGGCAAAGUGCCAGGCUAUGGGAGACAUCCAUUUAG